AUGGGAAAGAGUGCCGUUCCAAACCUAGCAAGUCUAUUACAUAAAAAUGUUAUUGUCCGAGUUGAUGGAGGACAUGUCCUCAAAGGGCUGUUGAUGGGAUAUGAUGCAUUUAUGAACAUAGUGCUAUCCAAGAUCACAGAGCCCAGUGAAGUGGGGGGCUCUGCUAUUAUCCGAGGAGAGUUUGUAGAGGAUAUAACGUUUGUAGAAUAG